GUUAAUUACUUGCUGGACUUUUCUGGUAAUUUCUUCUGCAUUUCUGCAUUGUAUUGCAUGAAUUGAUCUGUUGUUAUUGUUGCAGGGGCAUCAGAACGCAGCCGAGUCAACAUGCCGUGUGUUCAUUAUAAGUUUUUCAGUAAACUUACACACGACACGGUGAUCUUUGAUGGCCUUCACAUCACUCUCGGAGAUUUGAAACGCCAAAUCAUGAGACGAGAGAAACUGAAGCGCUGCGAUCUGAGCAUCACAAACGACCAAACCAACGAAGAAUACACUGAUGAUGCGGGCAUCAUCCCCAGUUACACCAUGGUGACCGUCAGACGAAUCCCUGGAACUGGGGUAAAAUCCACAUAUGACAGACAUGCCAAUAAGUGGUCUGAACCAUCAAGUGGAUCUUCAAAACACGUGAACAGGUCAUCGUUGUCACUGGAGCAGCUUUUCAAGACUGAGAAUCUGGCUGAGGCCAACGCAUCAGAGGAGGACAAAAUCAAAGCUGUCAUGUUCCAGUCCAGCCGCUGUUACUAUUCUACGAAGUGAGUAUAAUAACAUUCACAUCAUGAGCAGAAUUUUCAAGUGCACUCUAUCAUGACUCUCAUCGCUUACCAGUGAAGCGCUCAAGCUGGUUGGAGGCCUUCCACCAAACUAUGUGUGCCGUAUCUGUGGCAUCCCUGGGCAUCACAUCAGAAACUGCCCAAAGUCACGGGAUUCAACUUUUGUUGGGGGUAAGCGCAUUCGGAGAAGCGCAGGAAUUCCUGUCAGCUUCCUAAUGGAGGUGGAUGACCCCAACAUGAAGGGAGUGAUGCUGAGCAGCAGCGGAAAGCAUGUCAUUCCCAUUAUUAAUGCUGAGGAUUACGCAUCUCAGAAGAAAGACCGUCCACCUUUCUUACCCCAGAACGAGUCCUCGUCAUCGACCUCUUCUGAACCUCGGAGCUCUCGCACCAAUUUACCAUCUGGAAAGAGGCGACGGGACUUGAGCGAGAAUGAUGAUGAAGACAAUGGCUCCACACCUCUCCGCAAGAAAACCAAGUGAAAAACAUCCAGAGCGCUUCAUCAUCAUUUUGUAUAUAUUAUGUAAAUAUUAGGCCUAUGUAUAUAAUUAGAUAGCAUGGACUUAAUAAAGA